AUGACGCAAAUCAAGUCGUUAGAGCUCCCCUCUAGGGUUCAGCUUUCAUACCUCGCCGAAGGUGGCGCGAAUGUUAUCUAUCGGAUUGUGGCACCGACUAUUAUGACUGUGCCCGCGGAGUACAAAGGGAAGUUGCUACGGCUUCGCAAGGAUACACCGGGAGGUGUAUCAUACCAGGAAAUCGCGCGGAACUUUGACAAGAACAUCCGUCCAUUAUUUAAACCGGAAGAGUUGGUGGACCAGGAACUAGUGCACUUGCCCGAGGGACUCACCCAGAAAUGCAAUGAGCAACUGCGCACCGAUGAGCUCACUGGAAGGCGACCGAAACAGCGACGAGGACUUUAUCUCUCCGUGACCGAGCCAUUUGGGCUGCUAGUUACAGAUAUGACUUCCCUUGGCAACCCUGGGACAGAGCUAGCCGAACUGAAGCCGAAGUGGCUUUUUCCGUCCCCGUCUGCGCCAACGGGUGUUCGAAGAUGUCGCACUUGCGCUCUGCGGGACAUGAAACACCACGACGCCCGACGAGUGGGGGCGGCAGAAGCAACAUCCUUCUGCCCUCUGGACUUGGUAUCCGACAAGUUCGAAAACGUUUUGCGUGCGACCAAAUUUGUUAAAGGGUAUAAAGAUCAUUCCCGGCUAGCGAGAGUUCUAUAUCGAAAUCCUACGCUGUUGAAGCUUUUAGCACACCAACGGAGCCUGAAAGAUGUUGGACUCUACGGACCGUCGCCACACUCCCGAGAUAAGUCCUUGGCAAUGACAAUCCGGGAUUGCACAAUGUAUAUCAAGAUGCCCCGAAAUGAGAAAGGUCGCGUCGAGAUUCGACUCGGCGAUCUAGAUUUGAAAACUGCAAGCGGCGGCAAAGCCCAAUACUGGUUGGAUCUAGAGCAUCGAUUGAUUAACGAAGGCUGGUAUAUGGGCACUAAAAGCAAUGCUCACCCAUGCGAGUGUGCUCUGCAAAGCCCGCGAGCGCAGCCUCCUCAAUCCAUGUGA